ACCGUAUUUCAAGAUCAUGAAUCAAUAUAUUAUACCAUUGGCACAUAACGACCCAAGACUUUUUUCUCAUGUCUCACAAGCCUUUUCAUUGGUUGAUCUUGGCAAGCGUUUACUGGAUGCCGCAAAAAACGGAGAUGUCGAGGAAGUCAAGAAUUUAAUAAAUAAUGGAGCACCGUUUACUACUGACUGGUUGGGAAUAUCUCCUCUCCAUUUCGCUGCUAUGAAUGGACAUCUUAGUUCAUGUGAAGCGCUCCUACGUGCUGGUAUUAGCAGGGACGCUCGGACUAAAGUUGAUCGUACUCCUCUCCAUUUAGCUGCUCAAGAGGGUCACGCAGAUAUUGUGGAGCUUCUGUUACGUAAUGGAGCGGAUCUUAGUGCUAAGGAUAUGUUACGUAUGACAGCACUACACUGGGCAGCCGAAAGAGGUCAUACACCUGUUGUUCAAAUGUUGAUGCGUUUUGGAGCUGACGCACAUCUCCAGAACAAAUUCGAAAUGACUCCUUUAGAUAUAGCUGAAUGUAAGCAACACGAUGAUGCUCGGGAUGCUAUGUUAAAUACUCAGUAUGAUUUAGUAUCGUCAGUCGGUCGUAUGGCUGCCACGAAUGGGGAUAUAGUAGGUGCUAACGCAUACAUCUUAACGGAAGAAGAGACGUUAGUUCCAGCUGCUCCUCCAGCUGAUGAGGUGACUGUCACCGCGACAACGGUUGAGGAGUCUUCCAACAUACAAGACUCUGAUAUCUCUGAAACAUUCUCAAAUGGUGGUGAUGCUUCUAAUGAAGAUGAAAAAAUUACAACUCUUACGAAAGUAAAAAGUGGUCACAGUGGUUCUAAUAAACGAAUAUGGAAAACUGAAUUAAGUGAAAAUACAAAUGUCAGUCUUCAUGGCGAAAAUUCGGAAGCCCAAACCACUCCUUAUUCAUUAUCACAGUCAACACAGGCAGAUAAUACAAAUUCUAUUCCGAAUAUUAAAAAUAAACCAAAUUUAUCUGGUGAUAUUUUAUUGCCUUUGGAUGAAGAUUGUCCAAGAGAUGUUAUGAUAGUUGAAACUCCGGAUGGUGAAACCCUUUAUGUUCAUCAUCAGUCUAAUGAAGACGGUUCCAGUGGUCUAGUCAUUUUGAAUGACACAGGUGAACAGGUGAAUAACCCAACUUUGAUGGCACAAGUAAUGGACGCGUUAGUCGCUUUGCCAGAAAAUGUAAUCAACGAAACAUUAAAUGCAGAUAACUCUAACGUAAAUAUUGAAUCGGAGUUAGAUGCUUCAUCACUUCAACGCUUGGAAAAGAGUCCAAAUAACAGAAACCUGAGGUCAGAAUUCAACAAGACAAUCGUUAAUAAUGAUAGGUUUUUUCAAACUAGCACUAAUGGGUGUCAAACAGGAGGUCGACGACUAAGCCCUACGCAUACUAUAGAUAAUGAAGAUGACGACGAAGAUCUUGACAACGAUGAAUCAGAAUCAUUAGUAGCUCACUUAGCUGCAUUUGCCAACCAGCCUGAAUCCCAACAAACAACUAUCUGUGUAGAAGGAAUGGGAUCUGGUGCUUCAACCCAUGACUUAAUAAUGUGGUGCUUGUACAAUGGAAUAUUUAUUCGUGGCUAUGCAGAUGAACCAACCUUUAUCAUCGAAUUCGUUUACCAGGGUGAGGCAUACACCCUUUCGGCGUCAUAUGAUUCACAAUCUGGUACUAUCAAUUUCUAUCAUGUGGAGACUAACCAGAAGUUAUAAGAACACCAGAACAUAAAUUUAUUUCAGUUUUAUUCUGUACAUAUGUCUAUUGCAUUUUUAUCGAAAACAUAAAAACCUUCUUUACUUAAUAAUAAGUUUUAAAAAAUCGAAAAUAAAUGCACGAACC